GGAAAAAAUAUAAGUAUAAAAUAAGUUGCCUGUGAUACUUAUUUACAGACACAACCGGCUUUGGACCAUUCUAAACUUCUCAAAAUGAAUUUUCAGCAGAAAUAUUUCGUUCUUUUUUGUACAUUUACUUUUGCAUUCUGUGAUGAGCCCCGUUUUAAAUCAAGAUUUGAGUACGAUGAGCAACUCUUGGAGAAAAUGAUUCGCAUGGAAUUUGAAUAUGCACAGUGGGAAAAACGCAUAAAUGAAACUCUCGGGGAAAUUGACAAACAGAGAACUGGGAUUCAAACUGAUUUGGAAGUAUUGCGAAAUGAAAGAGAGGAGUUUGACAAGCACGUUAACGAGACGAUGACAGAUAUGCAGCAACUGUCUAAACCGCAAAAUUUAACAGUUUUGUUUAGAGCGCGAGAAGUUGUUGAAUAUACCCUGUCAACUAGAAACGACAUAAUUAUCUUCUCCAAUGUGCUCUUCAAUGUCGGCGGCGGCUACAAUUCUGAAACUGGGAAAUUUACAGCACCCGUCGCGGGAACCUACCUUUUCACAGUCAGCCUGUGUCCGAUAAGUGGAAAGAGCAUAUUCUACAAAAUUGUGGUCAACGAAGACGUAGUGGCGAACGGACAUUCGUUUAGUGUUUCCGGCUACCCUUGUGUUUCCGGAAACGCUAUCGUGCAGCUUGACGCCAUUGACGUCGUCUACGUCAAAUCUACGUACACUGGUGACGUACUAUUGAAAAGUGGUUUGUACGAGCCAAUGUAUGAUGCAAAAUCGAAUUCCUUUUCCGGUGUACUUCUAUAGUGAACGCCUAAACCACUAAAACAUAAUUGAAACACUGUGUUACUAUUUAGGAAAUUGACAUUCGUGCCUUUGUAUUUUCAUUCGUUGAAAUGUCAUAUAUAACAUAAUAUGAUGAUUAUACUUAAAUAAUGUAUAAAAUUGAAUUGUGAAGAUAUAUAUAUAACGGUUAUAAAUGAAGACGUAAAAAGUGUUUUGCGCUGUUGGUGUUUUAUUUGGAAAAAAAUGUUAUUUUAAAUAGAUGUUUAAUUACAGUUUCUAUGUGUAUUAUUAAGGUCAGACCAUUGAGUAUAGCUUACAUUAAAAUAUAGCAUAUUAUGGUAUGAUAAUAAGACUGUUUGAUAAAAAUUAUAUUAUAAUGAUAAUAUUUUUUAUAGAUCGAUUGUAUAUUGACUUAU